AUGACAGCGCCCUCAGUAUCCGCAAUCUCUGCCUACCGCCAACUCCUCCGCGCCACCCGUAUAGCCUUUAAAGAUGAUCAUAGAAUCCUCCUCGCCGCCCGCACCGAAGCACGCAAGCAAUUCAAUGCCCACAAACGCACCGCCGUCGACACACCCAUGCAAAUCCAGCACGCGCUCGAGACGGCAAGUAUUUUGCGACACAACAUUGUCCAGGGCGCGAGGGAUGCUGAGAGGGAGGAUGGGAAAUGGGAAUUGAGGAUUCACGAUGAGAUUGAACGAGGGGAUAACGAUUCCGUCAAAAUUGGGGGGAAGAAUGUCAAGAUUGAAAAGGCUUGUUCGUGA